UGGCAGCCGCGCGUCGCCGCUCCAUCAUUUCCUCUGCGCGAGGAGCGGCUUGCCUGUCAGCUCCCGCCAGCUGCAACGGCCCAGCAGACCCAGCAUGUAGUCGGGAUUCAAACCCACACCCAGCAGCUCCCGGCCUGGCUGACUGCGCCACACACUAACACACACACACGGGGAGUCGUUGCCAUGACACCGAGUGCUCUUCUUCUCUGGAUGCUCCUCCAGUCCGUGGGAGCAGCCGCCGCAACGCCCUCCCAGUGCCACCAGGGGGCGACCAUCCCGGAGGCGGUGCUGGCCCCGGCCCUGAGCAGCGGCAGCAGCGUCCUGCGGGUUCUGGGCGUGGCCUCUCUGGCCCGCUGCCGGGUCUCCUGCUGCGAGCGACCCCGCUGCGACCUGGCCUGGCUCUUCCAGGGCCGCUGCUAUAUCCUCAGCUGCCAGCAGGGGGGGGCGUGCCGGCCCCAGAACCGCCCCGGGGCCGACUCCUACCUGGCCUUCGUGCUGCGGGGGCCCGCCCAGACCCUGGUCCUGGGGCCCCUGGUGCGGGGGGAGCCGUACGGGAGCCGCUGGGGGUCCCCAUCGUCGUCGUCGUCUGAGGCGCCCGGGGACCUGGAGGCCCUCAGGGACCUAGCGGUGUUGGAGGGGGAGGAGGGGCCCCCGACCAGGGGAGGGGGAGUGGGCGGGGACUUGGAGCCGGGGGGGUUCUCCCAUUGGCCGGCGGCGGAGAUUGAGGACAGAGGGGAGGGGCCGGUGACUGUCAACGGCUCGGCGGGAGGGCCCCCGUCUCCCGGGGCCCUCGGGGGCCAACUCGGAGAGCAGAGUCCCACUUUCCAUCCAGCGGAGAGCAGAGAACCCAGCCCUCCCACUGCACCAGUCAUUCCAUCGCCUUGGAAACCAACCACUUACCCCACCCAAAAGAGCCAUAUAAGGACAUCGCUUCCCACUGAGGCCACGCCCCAGCUCUCUGUUACCACGGCUACACCGACAACAACAGUGUCCACGGGAGACCCUGUAGAGUGCGCUAAGCCCGUUGUUACGGAUCAAGUUCACGCUCCAAUCAGCCCAGUACCCCCAGCUGCUGAGAGACUGAGACCCCAUGCUGUGGUGGACCCCCCCAGCCAGGUUCUGUCUCCCCCGGUCCAGGAGGUGGUCCUCAACGCCAGCCAGAGCCGAGGGGACGCCCUGCUCAGGUGUGGGUGGGAGCAGACCACUGGACCCUCUGUGGACAUGGGGCGGUCAGCCGACACCUGGACUCUUCACCUGGCCCACCUGGAGCCCGGGAACUACACCUUCAGAGGAACGGUGACGGACUCGGCGGGAUCCUCUGACUCCACCACCGCUACCGUCCUGGUCCUUCCCGCCGACACCGGUCCACCCCCUGGGGUGACCCCCACCACAGCCCCGCCCUCGACCUCUGACCCCACCCUCACCCCACCUCCCAGACACGACGCUGACCCCACCGUGCCCUCUCCGACCCCCGUCCCUCCGCAGAUGAGAACCACCCCCACUGUGACGGUCCAGGUCCCGCUGUCCCCGACGGAGGAGCGGCGGUUGAACCUCGGCCCGACGGCGGUGGCGGGUCCGGACAGGAAGCUGGUUCUGCCCGUCAGCAGCGUCACUCUGGACGGCCGCAACAGCAGCGACGACCGCGCCGUGGUGCAGUACCACUGGGAGGCCACCAGCGCCCCCCCGGGUCUGAAGAUGGAGGGUGUUGACAGGGCGGUUGCUACGGCGACGGGCCUGCGGGUGGGGCGCUACACCUUCAGACUGACGGUGAGCGACCAGCAGGGGGCGACGGACAGCGCAGUGCUGACCGUCAGGGUGGAGGAAGCCAGGCUCCCCCCCCCCGUGGCCCACGCCAGCGGGAGCCACACCCUGACCCUCCCCAACAGCUCCCUGGUCCUGAGGGGCUCGGUGACGGACGGGGACCAGAGCCAGGUCACCUUCCUCUGGGCCCGGGACUCCCAGAGCCCUGCAGCGGGGGACGUGCUGUACGGCUCUCAGACCCAGCCGUCGCUACACCUGUCCAACCUGGUGGAGGGGACCUACCUGUUCCAGCUCCGCGUGACCGACGCCCAGGGGCGGGGCAGCACCGCCACGGCAACCGUGGAGGUCCGCCCAGACCCGGCGGCGCGGGAGGAGGUGGACCUGGAGGUGCUGGUGGGCGUGUCCCAGGUGAGCGCGGCCCAGAGGGACACGGUGGUCCGACAGCUGGCCGCUCUGCUGCACGUCCUCGACAACAGCAUCCAGCUACGCAUCCUCCCAGGACACUCCCCCCUCAGCGCGGUGCUGCGUCUCUCGGUACGCGGUCCGGAGGGCUCGUUCUCCGGCUCCAGGCUGGCCCAGGUCCUCAGGAACCAGCUGCUCAGGGAGAAGACCGACUACCUGCUGUUCAGAGUCCUCCGAGUGGACACCGUCUACUGUUUGCUGCGGUGUUCUGGGCGGGGCCAGUGUGAUCCAAUCACCAAGGAGUGUGUCUGUGAUCCCUUCUGGACGGAGAACCUCAUUCGCCGUUUCCUUGGCGACAAAGAGAGGAACUGUGAGUGGAGGAUGCUGUACGUGGUCCUGUCCAGCCUCCUGGCUCUGGUCCUGGUCCUGACCCUCAGCUGGUCUCUGGUCUGCUGCUGUAGGAGGAGGAAGAGGAGCAAGCCCAGGAAGAAAACCAAGUACACCAUCCUGGACGACAUGGACGACCAGGAGAGGCUGGAGCUGAGACCCAAGCACGCAGGUCUAAAGCACCGCAGCACGGAGCACGCCUCCAGCCUGAUGAUGUCUGAGUCGGAGCUCGACAGCGAGCCGGACGCGCUCUUCAGCCGCGCCCCGGGGGGGCACGGCGCCCGCAACGGGAACGCCUUCGGGUAGCCCCCCGCCUAGAGGGGCCCCCCACCAAACCACCAGGACCACGACCCCCCCCCCCCGCCUAGAGG